CCUUCCACAUAAGCAGGUUUCCCAUAAGCGUCGCUUCAGACUCCGCCCGGUGACCGAUGGAUCUCCGUCUCUUCACGUGAACACCAGUGAAACUCAAGAGUAAGGUGGGCCACGGGUCCGGCGUGGGAACAUCGAUGACGAUCGUAGCUGAAGUGUUCGGCGGAGCCAGGGCACGAUGAGCGCAGGGUCACAAAGACUGACACGUGAUCUACCUGGUGCUUGAAAGAAGUACUGAAGAAAAAGCAGGUAUUCGAUCAACCACCCGUCAGCACGUGCCAUCACAGCGAGGGCUCCCAGGGAGGUCACCUUCUUGCACACGGUUGUAACGCCCAAUAAGAGACGAUGACGACCGUUGGGAUACAUAAAUCAGCGCUGGAGCUUCACAAACUCCUUGAACGAGCAGUCCUUACGCCCUACUACGACAAAUUCAUCGAGAUAGGCGGGGACAAUGUGCAGCAGCUUCGUGAGUCCAGCGGACACGAUUUCCAGGAGUUGAUCAACAUGGUAGAUAUGGCCAGAAAGCCACCUCACGUCAAGAGGUUCAAGAAAGCACUGGCAGAGUGGAAACCAGACACAGUUUCAGCAACGUCCACUCCAGCGGAUGGGGCAGAAGGGGAGCUUCACAACCUACUUCGAGGAGCAGAUCUUCUCUCCUACCACGACAAGUUCAUGGAGAUAGGCGGGGACAAUGUUCAGCAGCUUUGUGACGCCAUGGGGGACAAUUUCCAGGAAGUGAUUGACCUUGUUGAUAUGGCCAGAAAGCCAUUUCACGUCAAGAGACUGAAGAAAGCACUGGGCCAGUGGACAGGACAGUCAGUCACGGUGGCGUCCAGUGCAGCCAACGAAUCAGAAGAGGAACUUCACGUAUUACUUCGACUAGCGGAUCUUCUCUCCUACCACGACGAGUUCAUCGAACUAGGCGCAGACAAUGUGCAGCAGCUUUGUGACUCAACCGACGAAGAGUUCCAGACACUCGCCGAGCACGUAGGCAUGGCCAGAAAGCCCCUUCACGUGAAAAGAUUGAAGAACGCACUCAAACAGUGGUCAGGCCAUGCAGCCGUAAUGACGUCCAUUCCUUCAAACGAGUCGGAGCGUGAAGUUCACGAACUGCUUCAGCGAGCGGAUCUCCUCGCCUACUACGACAAGUUCAUCGAGAAAGGCAUAGACAAUGUGCAGCAGCUUUUUGACUCGACGGCAGAAGAGUUGCAGGAGUUCAUGGAUCUUGUUGGCAUGUCCGGAUAUCCUUUUCAACUGAUGAGGUUCCAGAACGAACUGGAACAGUGGACAGGACACCCAGUCACAAUGACGUCCGUUCCGGCAACAAAACCGAGACUAUCGGAGAUUCACCACCUCCUUGAACCAGCGGGUCUCCUCUCUUACUGCGAGAAAUUCGAGGAAAUAGGCAUGGACAAUGUGCAGCAGCUUCGCGACUUGACUGACGAAAAGUUCCACGAGGUCAUCAACCGGGUAGACAUGGCCAUGAAGCCGUUUCAUGUAAAGAAACUCAAGAAGGUACUCAAAGAAUGGACGGGGCCCGCAGGAAUUUAUCUCUUCAUCUCCAAAGAUAUGGCUUCGACAUCUGAAUUUGAUCUCAACACGGAAAGGUCGUCACAGUGGGAAGGCAUCAGGAAGGAAAUGCACGAAGCCAUUGCGGAGGAAGACGAGGCUCGUGUUCUAAAGUUCCUGGAUGCCGUGCCUGCAUUGAAACUGUGGUUGGACCCUGUUAAAGAAAAAUCAGCUCGCUACAGAGCUGUUAAAAAGAAAGCCAUCCAUAUACAUGGCCUCUUAGUCUCGCGUGGAUGUGGACUCAAGAACGACAAAGAAGCAUCGUAUUAUCGAUAUCUGACAGGCGUUCAUCGAGCUGAAAUUCGACGGCAACGAUACUACACCAAAGAAUGCAAAGAAUCCUACAUCUAUUACUUGAAAAGCACAUCAGGGAGCGUCGGAUGUGAUGACUUCGAGGAGCGAUUGGAGAAGAUGUUCAGGGAACUUUCAACCGACCAAUUAAACGAGAAAAUAUUGAAAGUUGUUGCCACAGCACCGCAUCUGGAUAUACUAUUCGACUACAACAGUGAAAACGUUCAGGGGAUCACGGGGUGCAGCGGCAGCGGCGUCCGCGGACUUGCUCAUUACGAAAACCAAAGAAUUUAUAUCGGAGGCGGAGCAACGGAAGCUGAAGUCCGGGGCACGUUUAUUCACGAAUCUUGUCAUUUGGCACUUCAUCUGGUGUAUAAAAAUGACGGCAAGCCAUAUUUCCGCGAAGAUACCGAAAUGAAACGGAGAUACAGAGCCAUUCUGGAUGACAUAAAACGAAGAGAAAAUGAUGUGGAUCUCUUGAUCCGUCAAGCUUUUAUCGAAAAUGAAGAACAAGAAGCGAUUGUACGUAUCCCACACAAACUAACUCAAUAUGGCAACGAUCGUGGAAAUAGGGUUCUCGAAAAGGAGGUACCGGAACUACGAAAGUUUUUCGAGGAUACUGUCAUACCGGACAUGCAGAAAUACAUUCAAAAUGGAAUCCCAUCGAUAGAUGCGAGAAUGAUAGAAAGGGAAAACGCGAGACUCAACAAAGCUUUCAACAUUGACAAACUCAAUGUCAAUUUCGAGAACGAACUGAAGAACAGUGUCUGGGAAAACGGGUUGCUUCACGUAGUUACGGGCCCAGAACUGAGGCUUCUCGAAAUAAUGGUUCACAACGCUGUGCGAUCUACGGGACUUCCGUACAUGUUUUUCGAUGCAAAACAGCUGGACUCCGCACUGGAGGAUGUGUUACUAGACUACAAAUAUGCUUUUGCGCUUGUAACGGUCCAACAAAACAGAAAAGUCACAAAGAUGAUUAAGCUUUUCAGUGAAGUAUCCUGUGUCACGGGAUCAAAAGUCAUCUUGCUCGUGGAAGACAGUGGCAAAGACUACAUGAUGAAACAAGUGCAAGAAGAUGCAUUCUUUGGCGAGAGGCACAAAGUUCACAGGAUCGACGAAGCAAGCUUUGAGCACGUCACAUUAAGCUGCAAAAAACGAGUUUUCGAAAAUUCCCACCUAAAACUUCAGGGCCAAGAUGUUUCUACGUUUUCGGACGCAACGACUAUAGAUACCUUCUUACGUCGCGUUGACACUGCCGUUUUCCUAAAGCUAUGUGAGUCGGGGAACAUUGACCUGGGACCUCCUCUUCAUGAACUAGAAGAACGUGUUCAGAACUAUUAUGUGGAAAGGGAGUGUAGAAAAGCCGUGGAAAUUAACUUGAAAGAAUGCAAUCUAAAAGACGACAGUGAGGCAUUCGCAUUUCUGGGCUGUCCACACAAUCAGGUCGCAACACUUCUACCUCACGGUUGUAUGGCAAAGGCCAAGGAGGAAUUAACGAAGUUCGAGAAAUUCGUACUCCUCCAAGAGCCACGUGACUACGAAGCUCUCCUGGAAGAUGGUCAUUUCCGAAACAAAGUAGUGCACCUGCUAAAGUUCAACGAAUCACGUAAUAGACUCUUGUGGACGAAAUCGAAUGGUCGUCUCAGUCACCUUCCAAUGACGGGAAGUGAGAGUUACACCGAGGACGCCUUGUUAAACGUAAACGAGAAGGUUGUCAUAGUCUCUGGCGCACCUGGUAUGGGAAAGAGUGUGUUGGCAUCUCGGUUGUGUACACAGUUAAAAACUCAAGACAAGAAGCGGUGGGUGCUCUACGUCGACCUUCUUCAGAGAAUGGCAUCGGUUAAAACUGCGUCGCCUAGUCUAGCGGAUCUGUGCCAAGUACAAAGAGGUGGUCUGGAGUUCGUUUUGUUCGAAGAAAGCUUGAAGAAUGGUAGCCCUUUCGAGGUCGUUGUCACGUUGGAUGGCUUCGAUGAAGUCAAUGAGAAAUGUCGCAAGUAUGUGUUGGAACUUAUAUCGUUUCUAGCUAACAGAAAAGUUUACAAGCUGUACCUUUUUACUCGCACUGUGUUUAAACCUUAUGUACAAGAUGCCUUGCACACAGUGUCAUAUGAUCUCGUUCCUUUUUCUGAUGAAAACCAGAAUGAAUUCCUCACAAGAUAUAGGGCCCAAAGAGAAACUCCAGCGACCAGCAAUGAGGCAUUUGUGCAAAAAAUCCAGCAACUGUACGCGACAUUGAAGGAGAAAAACAAGACAAUCCUAGAAACCCCUCUCCUACUUCGUAUGAUGGCUGAGAUGGAGAGCGGGGAAAUUACCAAGUCGGACGAUUACUCUUCAUUGCUCAAAAUUGUUGACAUUUCCGGUGGGAGCAGUAUAUACACUGUACACAUCUACAAGACGUUUGUCGAGUACGAACACCUUGUGCACCGAAAAGAGAAGGUGAAGGAAGACAUCUACCGAAGUGCUGUGCGAGGGGACAACCAUGACGCGAAGUCUCCAUUCUACGUAAACCAUGGUCUCCUGGCUAUGAAGUGUAUAUUUCCUCAGGAUACCUUGGAAAUAUUAUUGAAUGAAGACGAAUUAGACCAGUUAGAUCCCGAAGGAAGUUUCAUCACCGGUGUUGAUUCUUUCAAAGAAGGUUUUGUGAAUAGAAUUAACGAAGGAGGAAUUCCCGAGUUCGUUCAUAAGACUUUCGCCGAAUUUUUCGCAGCUCACUACCUGUUGGAAACGGCAAAAGGAAGAAAAAGAUUGAGCUUUAGGAAAUAUGUCGUCGGAUUGUAUGGUGAAGCAGACUACGGGGCUGUAAUGAUGUUGUUCGAUGGACUGGCGUCGGCGUCCUACCCACUUCACUCUGCUGUGAUGAACAAUGAUGAUUCAUAUUUUGAGCAACGCGUUAUCGGAAUAGAGGAUAUGUUGAAUGUCGAUGAGCUCAAAAGGACGCCAUUGCACGUAGCAGCCCUGCAUUCUGAUAAAGCAACAUUGAAGAGGCUUCCAAUGGAUGAUGAACUAAUCAGGGAUGAUUUGUUUCGAAUGUCGCCGUUUGGGUACGCGGAGCUUAGUUGUCCAUGGGAGGAAAAAUACAAUGGAACGUGGCGGGCACUUCCUCUGACUCAGACUUCAGCUGCGAGAGACAGACUCGAUUUAUUGUGUGCUCGAUGCAGUGAGGAAGCAGUGAAACGCUCUACCGAAAAUUUGCGCUCAUGUGGAACCUUCGAGGAAAAGACACGUUUUCUCGAGCGAGCAAUAUUCACGGCUGUGAUACACGACCUACGAAGCGUUUUAGACGUGUACCUGACAUAUGUGUCCCCGAGAGAGAGUAUACGAGAACUUGACAGAGACAGCGUGGAGCAUUUAGAAUCACGCAAGAAACGAAGCUUGAGAUGUUCUGCAGAGUCUUCGGUAAUUAAAAACCUUGAUGAUUUUGUAGACCGGCUCAAUAGAACUGUCCCUUUUUACGCAAACUCCGAGGCUGUUUGUAAAAUGCUCCUUCCUUACUGCGAUAUGGAAAUUCGUGAUAUCUUGGGAAACACAAUGUUGCACAUUAGUGCGAAUGAAGGAAAUCUGGAGACAACAAAGUUUCAUCUCGCGCAUUCAUCUGUCAACGCCACAAAUGCAUACCUUCAAACUCCUUUGCAGUUGAGUGGAGACCCAGAGGUUGUGAAGUUACUUCUUACUGGUUCACCGUCAGCCAAUGCUCUCGAUGAUCGACAAGAAAUUCCAAUGGAUCGACGGAUCAUGUGGAGUUAUUUGGAGGCCGCUAUAUCGUUACUCCUUCGCAUUCAGUGGAACACAGUGCUUCAUGUGACUUCCGAGUUUGGUCCCCUUAACGCUGUGGUGGUUUUUCUACCCCACAUAAGAGCACAUGUGCUUAACUGCGACGGAAAAACGCACUUGGACGUUGCUUUGGAAGGUUUCAGUAACAUAAGUUCAAGGUUGGAUGUCGUGAGGUGUCUCAUCCCACACUCGCUCGUCAACUCACCCGAAACGAUUGGCUCCUCGCCAUUGUAUGUUUGGGCAGAGGGAGGUCAAAGGAAAGUGUUGCAAACUCUAUGGCCUUACUUGCGACACAGUGACCCUAAGCAUGCACAGAGGAUCAGCACAGACUCCGUCUGUGUGCGGGUGAAUAAGGAUUUCCAAGAAGAAGUUUGGUGUCUGAAACUCCUCCUCCUCCAAUUAGAUGUCGUCGCUGGUGAUCCUUAUAGCCGUAGACUGCUACAUGAUACGGUCGUACAGAAGCUAUGUUGCAUAGCAGAAGCAAAUUACAUGAAGCUGGUACUGCCGCAUUCAAAUCUGUGGGGGCCGGGUACAUGGUUAGCAGAAAAUGAUGACCUUGUUGCCUUAUUCCAGAGAUGGUCGGACAUGAAUAAUCCCGAUGAUCCGCGCUUUGACGAUGCCAAUACGCAAAUUCUUGAAGACGUUGGCAAUGCCAAGUUCCUAACUGGUGCACGGGAAGGUAAUGUGGAAGCUGUGGAACUUCACCUCUCACAUUCAUCCGUAUGCUUUACAGAUGAGUUAGAUAAUACUGCAUUGCACUUGAGCGCGUCGAACGGACACACAAAUGUGGUGAAGCUUCUGAUUCCUUUUUAUACACCAGUGGACGUGAUCAAUGUGCAUCGAGAAACGCCCAUGCAUGUCUGCGCCUCGAAUGGACACUUGGACGUUGUAAAGUUAUUAUUACCCCGCUCUCGAAUGAAUUCCUUUGACAUAGAUGGAGGUACACCUCUCCAUGUGGCCUGCGACGAAGGUGUCCUUGAUAUCGUGAACUUCCUUCUACCUCACUCAUUCGCCAGUAUGCGCGACUGCAAUGGCAAAACAUGCUGCUUUCGUUCUGCAGAAAAACAGAAGCUGAAAGUUCUGAGAUGCCUCAUUCCGCACUCUCUCGUUAACUGUCCUAAUAGUGAAGGCGAUUCACCGACGAAGCUAUGUGCAAAAUACCAUAAGAAAGAAGAGCUGAUGACAUUAUUGCCUUAUUCUUGGGAUUAUGAAGUUACUACUUUAUUGACGAGCAGCAUGUUUCUCGUGUAUGAGUGCGGGAUGGAUCUGGAAAGGAUGUUUUUGCUGAAGCUUGUGGUUCUUCACUCUGACGUCUGUGCAGUAGAUGUGUGUUAUCGUGAAAUACUCGACAUCAUUCGGGAGUCUUAUGCAAAGAGUAAGCCAAACCUGCUCCUAGGUGUAACCGAGGCUGAGAGAAUAGACAGAAGAACGCAAGUCUUGACCGAUAUCUCUGUCUUGUUUCCGCAUACAAAUAUUUCCGCUAAGGACGAUGAAGGCAAGGAACUAUUACAGAAAGUCCUCCAAAAUAAUCAGGAUCACGAAUUGGUUCGCUGUCUUCAGAAAUGGACCCGCUUGAAUGAUGUUUAUUCAUAUGAUGAUCACGAUUGUUGACAACGGUUGUGGUUAAGCACCAAGUGGCACCGAGCUGUCAAUGGACACGAGCUCUCAAGAUGACAUGAGAGUUUUAAGAGAGGUAUCAACGUUAGUACUGGCUCCGUACAUUCCUCCGAAAAUGCAAACGGCUGUACUAUAGCAGUGGGACUGGUGGCUUUUAGAAGUUGGUAAGUGUGUCUAAAACUGAAACAAUGCAUAGAAGUGAGAGAGAAGGCCAUAUACCGAGUCUAAAAAUUUAAGAUUUAAAAAUUAUGUGGGUCUAGAACCCUCAUUAUAUGCAUCUCAUUAACACCAGCUGAACCACAGAAAAACAGGACCACGCUAAGCCUAACGGCGUCGGAUGAGUUAUCUUGUGAAAAGUAUGAGGCAUGGGUUAGGUCAGGUAAGCGCAUUUUAGGUUGGUUAGGUCUGGUAAGGUUACGCAGAUUGGGAGAGGGUCUGUGGGAAGCCCCCACCCCCAGAUUGGGAGAGGGUCUGGGGGUGGGGCAAAAGUCUGAAGUGAAAGAGAAAAUCACUUUCAUAAUUGUCACAAAUAACAUGUUUUUCUUCUUAGCGUUGCGGAGUAGGUCUAGAAGGUGUUCCCGAAAUGUGCCAAUGCAUUUUUUUAGAGUUCCUAAUGUGUCUGGAUAUAUGGUUACCUACUACUUACUUAGGGUAAUAGUAUGCAGUUGCAUGUGACUAUAUUGAUAUAGCCAUAUCUCACCUAGAGUGGAGAUAAUUGUAAUAGAGAUUGAAUGCCAAUGUUGUGGAAUCAAUAUGUUGUUCUGUACUCUUCUAUGUGUUCACCUGCAAGCACGAGCGGACUCAAAUGAAAGCAAAUGUUUUUGACAUGUUGGAGCCUGUUUAUUUCAAGUUAUCUGAGAAGUAUCGCUGUAUUUGCUGCUGAAUUAUAUGUAAAAUAACUGUUGUAAUAACAAUUGAGAAGCGAUAUAAAUUUAUUACAUUGGUAUAAAUGUAAGACGUUCCAGAUUACUCUGUCAGUCAUGAUUACAGACCCCAGUGUAGAUGCAGAUUGCGGAUCAAAUCUCUUCGAUAUCAUCGACGUCUCUGCAGGAACCACGACCGUCUGAAAUUGGUAGUCACACAUUGGAUGUGUGUGUGUGAUUGAAUGACUGCAUGCAGUUGCUCAUGAAGUAAUGUGUCCACUUGGUGUUUUACGACGAGAUGCAGAAGCGUAGAAAAUCCAGCGAACAGGUAAGGAAAUGUGAAUUUAAGUGUCCCAGAAGGAGACUGUUUUUCGUCUGGGCUGUUCUUGUUCAUCGUGAGGAUAUGCAUAAUUAUUCGCCCCACUGACUUCCAUACUAACCUGGACUGCCCAAGCUGCGGAAAUCUCAUCUGACUGGAUGACUAUGACAGGCGACGUCACAACCGGUGAAUGUUUCAUCUGCUCGGCUUUCUCGGUAUCUCUGGGUGUUGUAGCUCGAGGGUUUAUUUCUACUGCGGAUUGCGCGAGUACCAUCUGGAAAUAACUUUUAAUGCCAAGAGAUGGGGCAUUGUCAAACCAGGAUGUAACAUUCAGAUUCUUUGCUUUAAUUUUGAUGGGACGGCAAGUUGCUCGUUCGAGUUUUUCGGUUUAAUUACUUUGCAGAAUGCCACGGUACGCCCACGUUCGGAGCAUGCACUUUUUUCACGGUGCCGGAUUUCAGUCUCAAGCGCUUUCGUUGUAACCUAAACUGUGGAAAGUAAGCUAGAAGCGUACGCAUCAGUUAACAGCAUCGGAGGAUCCAUAGCGAGGACAUUAGCCAUGACCUUUCCCUGGAUCGAAUGUCCCUGUAACGAUGUCAGUUUGCCAGAUUUAAUUUACCGAUUUUAUCGUUCCCAGGUAAAUUGAAGGUGUCCACUAGAAUGCACAGCUACCGAACUGUUUUACUGACCGUAUCAUCGUUACGUGUGGUGUGUCUUGUUGUUGUGUCCUGUUUUUCUGCUCUUUCCUUCCUAUCUGUCUGUGCCAACUUGUCGUCCCUCUUAGCAGGCAGACCGCCCUCUCUUUCUUUUUUUGGCACUCUUUGCCCUUUGUCGCCCUUGUGCCAUUAAACCCACAAUACCUCCCAUACUCUUUCUUCUUUCUUUCUUUCGUUAAACUAUACCCCCCCCCCCUCAGAAAAUCCCAUGGACCCGUCCCGUGGGUUCAGUCACUGUAUUAUUCUUAUACCACAUCGGGUAUCCCAUCCCUGUUCUCGUCAACAUGAGGUUUAGUUCGAUAUCUGUUUGUUUCCUUUAUCUCGUGUGUUGCUUAGUCCCACUCGAAGUGUACAUGGUCCACAAAGUGAUAGCAAUGUGGUGAAGUCAUAAACAUCAAUCCCCAAUAUACGUUACUGCGAAAUCCCGCGCUGGAAGAUUUGCUGUUAAUAACGAGCAAAGCGAAUGUGUGUACAGCGCGGUUGCGAAAGCCCUUGUUCUAAGCCUCAUUGCGUAGCUUACGUCGCCGUCAUUGUAGCGUGCAAACACAACUGUAAGACGUUGUUUAUGCAUUCUGUUCAGUUGGCACCGCUUUAUUAAGCGACUAAAAUAAAAGUAUCCUAGCCAGUUGUAAAGCUCCCUGUUGCACUGGGGCACGCUAUCAUCCUGUCAGCGUAUAACACGAAAGUACAUGUCUGGGCUACCUAUAGGCUGGAGUACCUUGACAUUUGUGAUUACAUGACUGAAGCGUGGUUAUUUUGUAACCAAACAUAUUCUUUUUUUUUUGCAAGAAUUAUACAAUCCUAAAAUUCGCGGUCACCCCCCCCCCCCCCCCCCCGCCGGCGCACUCCGUCACUAUACUCAGCCGCUAUGCGGGAAGCGGUCUUACAGGAUGUGAAUUCAGUAGGAGACAGCGUUUAUGCCAAUUAACAGCAAAACAGAAUAAAAAUUUUAAGAUGUUAUCGUCUAAUAGAGAAGAACACCAUGUAAAGAACCCCUGGAGACACGAAAGACGCUUGCACAAUAUAAACCUAGUGCACCCUGGCCAAAUGAAUUUUAAUGCAUUGCGCCUAUGGGGAUUCCGUCGAUUUUUGCACAUCGCCCAUGUUUAGACUACGAUUUUUCGACAACGGCAGUCAAAUUCCGGAAAUGUCAUCGCCUAUUUUCGUUCAGUAUGUUCUCCAGGCCACAUACCAACCACGGCACGAUGUGUCAGUGUUAAUCCUGAUGCACCCAGGGCCUUCAAAGUCUAAAGGAGUUCGAAAGGCGAACGGUAAUUUUUUCCUGAACUCGAAGGGGCUGACAGAACAGACAACUUUAUUUUGAGUGAGCAAUAUACAAAUUAUACCGUUUUGUAUUUUAUAUCGUUUUUAUAUUAAACUACAGUCGGACCUCGUUUUAUGAACCCUCGAUAUACGAAUUCCCUCAACUUACGAACGGCUCCACAGGGAACCAAACUUUUUCCGUGUAUUUUGACCUCGUUUUACGAACCCUCGAUAUCCGAACUAUGAACGGAUUAUUAGAUAACGGACCCAAAGUAGCCAAGCCAUUCUGACCUCGAUAUACCAACGAGCGUUAUGAACGUACAGAGGACAGGCCAAUGGACCGGAGGAUAAUGAAAGUUCCUCAAUACAUGCUGCCAAGGUCAAACAUACAAUGUCCCAACGCCACUACGUUCCACAAACAUGAUUCACCAUUUCCUGAAAGAAUAAUUCGGACGUUUACAGCCGAACGGUUGUGAGUUUGGAUCAGGUCUCCGAGAUGGAAACAUCUUGCCAUUCCAAAAGAAGGCGUUCAGUCCUGACAGCCGGGGACAAGGGUGAUAUUUGCCGUUGGAAGCAGUCUCAUCCGCGCGCGAUACGGUACUUUGAGGACCGGGUGGAUGAGUCAAGUGUCAGACUUCUGUCAUCUCUUCUAAACAGGAUAGACCCUGCAGAAAGUAUGGUGCAAAGCACAAUUACGCAGUAUUUUCAAAAAUAAAACUUAUUCAAAUCAAUUUCC